GUGCAGAUCGCUGCAGAUCGCUGCAGAUCUCACUGAGAGGACGGAUCUCUGAGCAUGAGGGAUUUCUAAAGGAUUUAUUUCACGUUUACUUUGGAUCCGGUUUGUGUUGCAGCUGCAGCAGAAAACAAGAAACACCUGGAAGUCCUGUAAAUCUGGACAUUGAUGGAGAACCGAGGUUCUGCCAUGGACAGGAUGAUUGUUUUUAGGAGCUCUGCAGCGUUUCUGGGUCGGUUCUCCUUCCAGCUCUGAGCGAUGAGUGUUUCUGACGGUUUCAACAUGAAGCUUCCUCUUCGCUCCGACCUCAACGGGAACGCCUUCCCCGUCUCCUCCUCCUCGUCCUCUUCCUCGCCGGAGUCGAUCCGUGGCCUGAGCGGCGCCGACGGUCCGCCGGACUACGACCUGCUGGAGGUUACCCUGACGACCAUGGUGACCGACGCCGACGCCGUUGUCAUUUCAAGAUGGCUGCCGCAGGACGACGACCCGGAGGACGACGUUUCGACGGGAAAAACUGAGUCCAACGACAACUCGGUGUCGGUCUACCUGGACGCCGACGAAUUCCGGAGAGACGCCUGGAACGACAACCUGACGCUGUCCCUGACGACCAGCACCGGUAGCCACGGCAACGACGACUCCUUGACUCCAGACUCAGACGCCACCGAGGUCCCUGCUGACGACGACGACGACGAAGAGGCGCUGUUUUUGUCCGUCUGCAGCUCCAUCAGCGAGCAGAACCCGGUUCCACCCGAGGAGACCCAGAGUCCCCCAUCUGAGGACCUGAUUGAAAGCACCCAGAUUACACUUCCUGCAGCACCGACCAAGCCAGCAGCUAAAACCAAAACCACCGGCGCAAAUCCGGCCUUCAGUCAGAGAGUCUCUAAACUGGACCUGAAGACGGUCAGAACCAGAGUCGGCUCACGAUCCAACCAGUCGCCACCGAAACCACCGAGUCAGCAGACCAGAGCGGCUCCAGUCGAUACGAGGCGAGUGGUGUCCAGGAAGCAGGAAGCAGCUGAUGGAGCUAAAAGGCCGACGGCCGGCCCGGUCCGAGUCUCCGUGGUGCUUAGACCCGUCAGAGAGAAGAGCAGCGGCUACAGAACCGACCGCAGAGCUGCUGCGUCCGGCAGCUCUCUGGAGGAUUCUCCCAACCGGUCGGUCCGGCAGAACCAGGAGGCUGGAGGAGCUGGAGGGGCUUUAGAUGCUGGAGGUUCUGGAGGUUCUCUGGAGGCUGGAGGGGCUGUAGAUGCUGGAAGUUCUGGAGAUUCUGGAGGUUCUGGCGGUUCUCUGGAGGCUGGAGAUGAAGCUCUGCUAACUGAAGCUAUGAUGGAGAAGCGGAGGAGUCACGUCAGGAAAGUCUCCUCCAAGCCGGGACCUGGACCCAGACAGCAGCAGCCUCCUCCUCCGGGACCUCCAGGACCUCCAGGACAGGGCAGCCCUGGGCCCAGGGCAGCCCAGAACAGAGGCUCCUCAGCGGGGGAAGGUGGGCAGAGCGCUGGGAGCGGAUCUCCAAGCAAACCGAGACAAAGUCAGAACCAAGGGAUCCCCAAACCUCGAACCUCUUCGUUUACCGCUCCGUCUCCUGCAUCCUCCACCUCCAGACCAACGGCCAAUCAGCAGCCGGCGUCGGGGUCGUCGGGGCGACCGGCAGCCUCCUCGAAGCUUCCUGUGAAGGGAUUACCCACAAGCCUCAGCGCCUCGUCGCUGGGGAGCAAUGACAGCAGCAGAGCUGCUCCUUCAUGUCCUGGAGCUCCAGGGAUCCGACCGGAGGACCGACCCAGCAGAGGUCCCCUCCCUCUGGGCAUCCAGAGCACCGUGAAGCCCCCCAGCUCCAGCUCCACUCCUCCCAGUCCUCCCAGCGAUGCAGCUCCCAGUUCAACCAGUGGAGGGAAACUUCCCCCCAUGAGGAGCAGAGCUUCUUCUCUGCAGGCCAGAGCCUCAACCACAGGUCUGAAGCCUCCGAACAUCAGCUCCGUUAAAUCUCCCUCCAGGACUCCUGCAGUCCAGAACCCGACCUGUCCGACCCAGAACCUCCUGCAGCGCAGCGGCUCAGCCAGACGGGGGCGCCUCGUAGGCUCAGUGGAUAAAAACAAACAGACGUCCAGAUGCAGCCAGACGGUGGCCGGAGAGCAGAACCAGAACCAGCCGCUGCCUCCACCUGAGCAGGUUCCAGAUGUUUUGAAUGCUAACACACCAGCGGCUCCGGUUCUCCCGGUUCCCUCCGCUGAUAACACCACAUCGGGUUCCACCGGACCCUCCAGCUUCAGAGCCAGAACCGGGGCCCGGUCCAGCCCCAAGGCAGGUUCCCGCCUGCAGUACGGUCCCAGACCAGCAGGGGGCGCUGCGGACGGGUCGGUCCCUGGUAAACAGAACCACAACAAAGAACAGGUGGAGAAGAAGAACCAGGCCAUCAACCAGCUGAGGAGGCUGCUUGUCCAGGGGAACCGGAGGGUGGAGGCUCUGGCUACGGUCAUCCAGCAUCUCUUCACUGAGCGUGAGGAGGCCUUAAAGCAAAAGAAGGAGCUUUCUCUGGAGCUGUCCAACCUCCGGGAUGAACUCGCGUCGUCGUCGCAGUGCUGCGAGCGUCUGCAGAAGGAGAAGGAGGAGGCUCGGCUCGGCCUGGAGGAGGCGCUGAAGAGGCUGGAGGAGCAGCACAAGGAGGAGCUGGAGCAGCUGGAGGACAGACUGAGGAGUUUCUACCAGACGGAGUGGGACAAAGUUCACCAGACGUAUCAGGAGGAGGCGGACAAAUGUCGCAUGUUGAUGGAGCAGCAGGUGGAGGGUCUGAGGAGCCGACAGGAAGCUGAGAGGAAGAACCAGGAGGAGAACCACCUCCAGACCCUGGAGGCUCUAAAGCAGCAGUACCAGUCCUCCAUAGAAGAGCUGAGGAGGAAUCAGCAGAUGCAGGUAGAAAACCUGCAGAAAACGCUGACGGAGACGGAAACUUCUCUCUCUGAGAAAAUAUCGGAGCUGUCGGCGGAGAAGGAGGAUCUGAGCGAGAAGCUGGCGGCAGAAGAGGAGCGACGGAAACGAAUUCUGUCCGACAAGAACCUGAAGGACUCCCACACCGUCUACCUGGAGCAGGAGCUGGAGAGUCUGAAGGUGGUUCUGGAGAUCAAGAACAAUCAGCUGCACCAGAAGGAGAAGAAGCUGAUGGAGAUGGACAAACUGGUGGAGAGCAACGUGAAGCUGGAGGAAUGUCUGAAGAAGGUCCAGCAGGAGAACGAGGACUACAAGGCCAGGAUGGACAAACACGCUGCUCUGUCCAAGUUUCUCAGAGACUAUGGGUUGAGGAGGAAUUGGAAGUUUUUCGGCUUAGACCUGGUGUCAUUCCAUCAGUGUUAAACUUCCCGGCUCAUCUUGAAAGAGUACGUGCCAGAAAGACCACGACCAAGCAGCCUUGAGAUCUUAGACAGCGUCUCCCUGAGGUGGGUGUCGACGGUGUUCACAGUCAGGUCUGUGGUAAUCCCAUCAAAAAACAAAACAGAAAAAAAAUCUAGAUUAUAAAUCAACAUGUAACCAAAGCACUCUGUGUAUAACGCCAUAGUAUAGGAUGUAGUUCAGAAAAUGUCAAAGUAUAGUAUGCUUUACUCAAGAAUAACAUAGUAUGGCCUGUAGUUCAUAGUACAGCAUGUUGGCAAGAAAACAAAACAAAACAUAGAUUAUUAUGUGGUUCAAAAAUUGCAAAAUGAUAGGAUGUUGCCUAAAAUUGUCAUGUAUGAUAUGUGGUUCAAAAAAUGUCAUAGUGCAGUAUAUUGUCAAAAAAGUAUGCAAUUCAAGAAAACAUCAGAGUAUAAUAUGUCAUCUAAAAAAUGCCAUAGAAUAAUAAUUUCAUCGCACAAGUAAAAGUAUAGUAACUUUUAAAACUGUGCGAAUUCUUAUAUGUUGCUAAAAAAAAAAAAAAAAAACUAAAACAAAAAAAGUCACAGUAAUAUGUCAAUGUAAAAAGCCUAUAGUAUAGCAUGUCACCCAACAAACAUCAUAGUAUAGCAUGUCACUCUAAAAACGUCACAGUAUAGCCUUUAGUCCACAGCUGUCAGUAGGUGAGGAGCAACACAAAAACAGUCCAAACGCUGGUUUCCAGAGGGUUAGACGAGAAUUUAUUUGAAAGUGUAAGUUUACAACAACACAACAGGGGGUUGUGAGGGGGUUAAAAACAAAUGGGUGUUAGUAAAAUAAAAAUAAAUAAACAGAACUAAAAGUGAACUUCAUGUUGACAUUGAUGGGCAUUCCAACCAGGAACAAAGUAAAAGAUAAUCAAUACGAAAAAAAACUGUUCCUGUUCACCUCUUAAAACCCAAAAACACACCGCAGUAGCACCCUAAACUAAAACUACCACUGUGUUCCCUGUUUUCCUUUGUGAACAAUUCAAAGGUCCCUCUCUAUCUCCCCACACAUCCACCAACCACUGGAACACAUCUCCAAAGUUCUGCCGGGCCAGCUCAGCUUCCCCUCAGAAGAAGUGCCGCCACCUGCCAGAUGAAGGAGCUUUUUGAGAGGCAGCUGGCAUCGUGAUUGGACUGUACUUUGGUCUGUUCCAAUCCAGCUUCAGCUCCAGAGACGGCAGGCGGGACGAGUCAACGGAGGCCGGGUGGACGAAGGCAUGCAGCUGAGUACAAUCCAGAAAACAACAGAGGAGGAGUGCAGUGGCCCAGAGCCAGAACAACCAGAGUAGCAUCGUAUGUCUCUUAGAAAACAUCAUAGUAUAGCCUUUGGUAUGAAAAAACGCCAUCAUAUACAUCAUAUAUUGUACAAAUAACAAGUCAAAGCAAAGAGACAUACAUUGUAGAAUUGUAGUAAUUGUGGGCUGACUGAUUUACUGAUUAUCAGUAUUUUAUUUUUUACCGAUUUACGGUAAUAAAUACAUUUAAAAGUGGU